AGAAGAGAAGUUGAAGUAGAGAAGUUGAAGUAGAGAAGUUGAUGUUGAAGUUGAUGUUGAUGUUGAUGAUGGAGAUAGCAAGGAUGGCUUAUCGAUAACUAACGGCAAAUUCUGCUCUUCCUCGACCCCCCCAAGGCUUCCACUUCCAGCUUCUGCUUCUGUUCUGCAUCGCCAAAGAUGCGCCCGUCGAGAGUGCUGCUGCAGGCUCGCCGGCCUCUCUCGCUGCCCAAGAACCCUCCUCUGCGCCGAAUAAAGCAAGAGACAGUCACCAAAACCACCGAGAAUGCCGCUCCCAAGGGCCAACCUCGCGUCCGCCCCGUGGUGAUGACCGUCACUGCGGCGGGAAUGUUCGCCCUGUCCGCCUACGGGAGCUAUCUGUACACUACCUACCGCCAGGCGCGGGCCUUCAGCAGCAAGCUGGCCGUCGACACCGACGUAUCUGACCGCUACCGCACGACGGCCGGCCAGUACGACGGCGACGUCGACCUGGCCGAGCGCACGAUGCGAAUGGGCAAGAGACGCCGUGACCUUAUCCAGCGCGCCCGCGGCCACGUCCUGGAGGUCAGCGUGGGCACCGGGCGCAAUCUACCAUACUACCUGCUGGGCGAGCGACGAGGGGUGGACAAGGACGGCAAGGCAGCGGUGCUGGGCUGCCGCAGCGUGACCUUUAUCGACCUGUGGCCCGAGAUGGUGGACAUUGCGAGAUGGAAGUACGAGGCGAUGGGGAGCAAUAGGGAAAAGGGCAAGGCAGCAGCGGUCUUUCUGGCGCAGGAUGCGAUGGGCGAGGUCGAGUCUCCCGAGGGGACCAAGUUCGACACGGUGGUGCAGACGAUGGGCCUGUGUUCGCACCCUGAGCCAGUCAAACUGCUGCAACACCUGGGAGAAUUGCUGGUGACCAGCGACGACGGGAGGAUCCUGCUGCUGGAGCAUGGACGGGGCCACUAUGGCUGGCUCAACGGACUGCUGGACGGGCUGGCCGCUGCCCACGCCGACCGCCACGGCUGCUGGUGGAACCGGGACAUUGGCGAGAUCGUGAGGCAGAGCGGGCUGGAGGUGGUUGAGGCGAGACGGUACCAUCUGGGGACGACCUGGGAGUACGUCUUGAAGAAGAAGAAGAAGAAGCAGCAGCAGCAGAGAAGCUGAGCAGUCUAAUGCAGGAGUAGCAGUCUCAAGUCUCCAGCUAAGGCUAGUGACCUGUCUAUCUGACCUCUCCAGCAGGAAGCCAAAGUAAGUCUGUCCGUCUCGCCACCGGCCAGGAACUGCACUGAUGAAGAUAUAAAAGUGAUAUAUGGAGUGCAGGAGCCCAGGAGCCCAGGAGCCCCUGAGCUGCCCGUCUCUCCAGCGACCAAGCGAGCUCCAGUCAGUCCCAGUCUUACAUACGAAGUACUUGCACUACAGUCCUGUCUGACUAUCAGCCUGCCUCUGACUGGCCUAUAGUGAUACAUGCUAAGGCUGGGACCGCUGCAGGGAUUUACUCGACUGCUCUUAGUAUCUGCAGAAGAAGAAACUUACAGCGAGACUAGUCGUUGGACGGGAGACCAUUACAAAUA